AUGCAACAAACACAGGGCGAGCAGACUGUCCAAAAGAGACAUUUGCACGUGUACCAAGCUGCUUUCCGUAUUAAAUGGUCAGUCCUAGUUCCGAUUUCCUUGAGGCGGUUGCGAAAACGGGUUCCGGGCAUGUUUGCGCCACAGGGGCAUGAAGCUUUGUUGGUUCAGCCUAGUACCGCGAAGAGUUGCGGUUCGGAGCAAGCCUAG